CUUAAAACUGAAUAAUGACGUAGAUUUACAGGUGCGGAGGGCGGGGCAGGAGUCACAGACAGAGGAAAAGGAACGCAGAAAGACCGAAAGAGACCGUGGGGAUGUAAGUGUGUAUGCGAUUUUCGGCGCUGCAGGUACAGCGACAUACAGCUUUCUUUCCCAGUCGGGGAACACCAUCUCCCGGAUACAUUACAUUUCUCCCCACAAUGUCUGGUGGAGGAGAAGUCCGUGUUCUCCGCCAGGAGGCUGGGCAGGAGAGCCCGACGAUGCCGGCCUGGAAACGAGAGAUUCUGGAGCGGAGGAAAGCAAAGGGUGGCGGGUCUGGAGCAGGAGCGGCUGAGCCUUGCCCUAGCGCGAGCUCAUCGCGGGUUAAUGGCGAAGUAACGGGAAACAGCAGCGCCCCCAAAAAAGACAAUGAAAGCAACGCUGAUUCAGUUCGGAACUACACCAUCAUUCCAGCGAGCCAGCACUUUGCAGGCAAGCGUGGCAGUUCCCCCACCUCCCCAGAGCUCUCGCCGGUGAAAACAAACAAAGACCCCUUGACUGCCACCGACCCGUAUGACUCGGAGAAAACGGUAAACGAUGGCGAGGAACAGGAAAGCCUGGUUCUGCAGGACAGUCUAGGCCCAUUGCAGGAGAACCCCUUCAUCAAACUGGAGAAGGAGCGAAAGAAACGGCAGGACAGGGAGUGUGCCAUUCGUCCCGUCCAGCACAUACUGGAAUUGUAUGGCAGUGUACCUGGAAUUCGGACUAUACGCGCUGAGAAUAUCAUUAUCAUAGAAUCCGAUCCGGAUUACUUUCCGGGGGCCAGUGGAAUAAAAAGCGGGUCUUAUCUGCAGCAGAAUGGGCUAAGCAGUUACAGCUCCCUCAAUGACCUCUUGGACAGGAGAGCUGGUGGGGUGACCGAGAUACGGGCAAAGGAGGUGGUUAUUUAUGACACCACACUAAGCAGGAGCGAGGAGAACUUGAGCACGCUAAGUCAUCCUUGUCACGAGGGCGCAUUCGAGACAGGAGAGGGUCAGGGCAGGGUGAGCCGCAUGCUGCAGAAAUUUGACAGCAACUACGGAAAACUGCAACCCAAGUCUCGCAGCACAGAUAACCUACUGGACUUGGAGAUCAGUUCAAGCAGGCCAAGACAACGACCCAAGCCACAACCAGAUCUGGUGCCAAAAUACAAAUCACACGCCCAGCCUAGCUCACCAGUCCGCACCCUAGGCAACACACAGUCAUCUUCCUCAGUCUUCCCCAGCUCCCAGUCUUCCAAACCAAAUCUACAGCCCCCUCUUUAUGAGCCUGACAGCAUCCUGCACUCUGCUGGACCCCCUCAAUCAGUAUCUUCCUACCGCCAGCGUUUUGAGGUGAGUGGGGGACACAGUGUGGUUGUCAACCCCAGAGAGAAGGCAGAUGGGCCCCAGACCAAGCCUUUCCGAGAGAGCGAUUGGGAGAGCACAGAAGUGCCCCCCAAAUCCAAGGUGCCAUGCUCUCCGGAAACCUGCUGUGCUCGUGCCGAGUCCCCUGCCAGCCCCACCACACCCCUGAUGUCUCCCCCCUCUCCAGGGUUCAAGAUCCGCCCCUCGCCCCGCCCUGACCUCUCCCUGCUGCCUUCCGGGGACAUCCAGGCUCGUGCCCUUGCCAACCUGCGCCUCCAGUCCCGCAACUCCUUCACCGUCUUCCCCAAACGCCACAGAGCAGUCUCUUCCCCGGAAAGCACGGCCCCCUCCAGCCCCAUCAAGUUUCCUCCCUCCCAGAGAUUGGCAGAGAUGCCCACUCCAGGAGUGCCAAUUCCCAUUACCCCUCCACCCACCCCAGCAGCCUCCAAGAGGAAAGAGGAGGUGAGGGCAGCCAGGCCAACCAAACCAGACCCACCUCUCCCCACCGCCACCCAGCCCCCCUCCUCUCCAUCCCCAGCACCCUCCUCGGUUCCCUCUGUCCAGUCGCCACCUCCAGAGGAUGCCCCAGCUGACCAGCUACCUGUCACCAACAUAGAUGACAUAGAUGUGGACCCUUCGAAGCCUGUCUUCCCCAGUCCAACUCCAGUGGUGCAUGGGCGGAAGGGGAAUACCUUCACUGUGGUGCCUAAACGUAAGUCAGAGCCUCAGCCUGGCUCUCCAGAGCCCCAGGAGCCCUCCGGAGGGGCCCAGACCCCCCCCACGCCAUCCCAGGCCCCCUACGCCCAGCUGGGUUCCCUGCUGAAGAAGCGCUACCCUGCUGUGGAGGAGAUCGAGGUCAUUGGUGGUUACCAGUCCCUGGGACGCUCCUGCCUCAUCAAGACAGGCUCCACUGGCAAGAAGCUGAAGAUAUCGUUCAACGAGUCGAGCAUGCAGAGCAGCUAUGAGUACCCCUCAGAGAGCAGCGUGUGGGACAGCGAGGAGGAGGAGGAGGAGGAGGAUGAGGAGGAGGAGGAGGCGGCGGCGGCGGAAGGGAAGGGAGGAGGUCAGGAGGAAGAUCAGCCCAGCAUGGUGGGCCGCAUCCACAUCCCUCGUCCGAGCUACACCAGCAACGGCACUGAUCUGUCCAGUUACAUUCCCAAGCACACUGUGGAUUUUAACAGCUGGCAGGAACAUAAGCUUGAUGACCCUGUUUACCAGGGGGACACCAAUUUCCAGCGCACACAGAUGUCAGGGGAAGUUAUGCUCACCCCAGCAGACAGCUCCUUGCUGUCAGAUUUCAGCAGUGAACCUGCUCUGUACUUCUGAUAUGCCUGGACCAAACAGGAAUGACCACUGCCCUACAGCUUGGACUCAGAACCACAGUUACACAACCCAGGCUGGGACCAGACUCCUACCAGUGCCCAGUGAGACCAGUGCCCAGUGAGACUUAACAGAAUUGGACCUCAAGUCGCACUCCAACACAAUCAAAGCACUCUUUUUUUCACACCUUGUUUAAUUUGAUACAUAGACAUCAACCAACCACAACCCAAGCAGCUGGACUGUCCUCACCUUACAUGUACAGUUGAUCUGUCUGUUCUCUCAACCACUACCAAUUCCUCUCACUGACUGCCAUUGAGCGGUGAAGUCUGAACCAGAUCUCUGACAGACUGUAUUUGAUUGUCCAAAGAAAUCUGAGCUUGAAAGAUAAUCAUGCAUUAUAAUGCUGUUUUCCAGGCUUUACGAUCUCUAGAAGGCGGCUAUCUGGCUCCAUUCUGUCUGCCUUGAUGUCUCUCUGUCUCCAUCAUUGUUGUCAUAUUAUAUAUACUGUGUAUGUAUAACAGGAAUGACCACAAUACAAUGCAUUCAGAAAGUAUUCAGACCCCUUGACUUUUUCACAUUUUAAUGUUACAGCCUUAUUCUAAAAUUGAUUCAAUUGUUUUUUCCCCCUCAUUAAUCUACACACAAUACCCUAUAAUGACAAUCAAAAACAGGUUUUUUAUAAAUGAUAUUUGCGUACUUUGUUUAAGCACCUUUGGCAUCAAUUACAGCCUUGCGUCUUCCUGGGUAUAACGAUACAAGCUUCGCACCCCUGUAUUUGGAGAGUUUCUCCCAUUCUUCUCUGCAGAUCCUCUCAAGCUCUGUCAGGUUGGAUGGGGAGUAUCACUGCACAGCUAUUUUUCGGUCUCUCCAGAGAUGUUUGAUUGGGUUCAAG